GAAGUUGGCGCGUCAGAGGCGCGAGAGCUCACUAGGCUACUGCUGUCUCCCUCUGCCGCAGUAAACAUAUAUAUUGUGAACAUUUAAGAAACGUCUACCAACAUUUAUUUAUGGAAAGAAGUUGUGUAUUUUUUUUACCAUGAUAUGUUGAAAAAUUUCGAAUGAGUUUAUAGAGGAUUUUGACAUUUUUUUGGUCGGAUUUUAUUGGAUAUUGUCGAUCAGGCUAUAUUUACGGUGAAUUGCAAUAUGUGUGGAAUUUGCGAUCUUUAUUAACUCUAAAGUUAUGUGAUGAGUAACCUGUUUAUUGUAACUUCUAUUGUACGGUGUACAGUAGCGAGUGACUGAGGAAACAUCACAGUACGGUGCAAGGAACAACACAUGACUGAAGCACCAUGGCUGCACUAAGGAUUCAACGUCUCAUGUACGUUGUGGGAUUUUUGGACAUGGCAGGCGUGAUGCUGAUCCUUCCCCUGUUUAUAGUCCAUCUCCGGCACAUGGGCAUGACUCUCUUGAUGGGAGGCAUCAUCCGCUCCUUCUACGGCAUACUUCAAAUUAUAUCCUCUCCUGUCAUGGGUUGGUGUAGUGACCGGUGGGGCCGGCGCCCCCUGCUCCUGCUGGGUCUCGCGCUCUCCGCUGUUGGCUACAUUGUUCUUGGAGCUUCUGAUUCCAUAGUGGUCAUGGUUGUUUCAAGGGUCAUAACAGGAAUCUUCAAGCACAGCAAUAUGUUGUGUAAGGCGGUGCUUGCAGACGUCACAGCUCCCAGGGACAGGCCUCGGGUGUUAGGAACAUUCAACGGUGCCAUGGGCCUGGCCUUCAUCGUGGGACCUGCGGCCGGAGGCCACAUGACAGUACUUGAGAAUGGGUUCUCACUAGUGUGCUACAUCGCUGCCGGGCUGUUUACACUCAACUUUGUUUUGUGUUUGGUAUUGUUGCCUGCUGUGCUUCCUGCUCCCCCUCAGCCCAAAGGAGUCCACUCAAUACAGAAUCAGCCACAACUGUCAGCCAAGGACCAGUCAUUCGAGGAACAACUGGCCAAUGGUCAGCAAGGCCUAGGACUGUCAGACCAAAGUUAUUUGUCUCAGCAGUUAAUCUUAGGAGAAUCAGAAGAAGAAUAUACACAGCAGUUUGUUCAGAAAGAAAAAAUGUCGAUCAAAGAACAGUCUAAUCCUGGUCAGUGUGAUAAAAAGCUAACACAGGAUGAAACACUGUUUCAAAUAUUUCACUUCAUGAAGGACAUAGACUGGCAAAAGUUUGGAGAUAUUUUCAUGAUAGAAUUCUUCAUCACAUUCGCUACCUUCGCCUACAGGUCAAGCUUUGUCUUGUUAAUUGAUCAGAUGUUCGAUGCAGGUCCAAAGAUAAUUGGCUACAUCAUAUCAUUUCAGGGCAUUGUUGGUGCACUCGCAGGGUUCCUCACAGGAAAGGUGUCCUUGUUUUAUGAUGACCCAACACUCGAACUGUUUCACAGUUCUGUCUUGCAAGUGCUCUCACUGCUUGGGCUCACCUUAGCUCCAACAGUCUCCUUAGUUAUUGUCUUGCUGAUUCCUCUGUCUAUCAGCGACACCAUUCUACACACAAGUGUCUCAACUGUUCUAAUUGAUCGCUGUGAUCCAUCCAAGAUAGGUUCAGUAACUGGGUUUGGACAAUGUAUCCCGGCUGUGGCACGCAUGACAACUCCAAUCUUAGCAGGACUAGCACAAGAAGUUAGCGUGUUUGGUCCUGGGAUAAUGGCAACUGUGUCAGCAGGAAUUGGAGCUACUUUGGCAGGCUAUAUGGCAAAGAGAAGGAAGCCUAAAGAUGACUAAUUUUUUGUUAAUACGUUUAGUCAUCUAUUUAAUUUGUUUAUAAUAUUUAUAAUAAAGAUAAAGAUGUACCCUAUGUAUUCAAAUACUAUACUAGUCAAUCAACCUCUAUUAUUAUUAUAAACAAUAAAACAUGAAUUUCUGUAUACAGUG